AUGGGUAACGUGCCACCGCCGCCACCGCCGCCGCCUCCCGCCGCCGGAGAAAUAACCAAGAGAAGAAAACGAACCCCGACGACUGUCGGAGAAAUAGCCAAGAGAAGAAAACGAAACUCCGAGAUAAAAAGCUGGAGGUCUAGUUUAACGAACUAUAUCGAUUCUCUUCCCGACGAAUUGUUGCUGCGUAUUCUUCUACAGCUUCCGGCCGAAGAUUUUUACGACGCAGCGAGAUUUGUUUCCAACAAGUGGCGCAAAUUGAUACGCGACUUCGUACGCGAGCACCUCCACCGCUCAACUCCCGGACUCGUCGUACAAUCUGCUUCUCUCCCGCCGAUUUUCUUAACAGCUCGGCUAGGUCGAAUCGAGAAGCUCGACUUCGAGUACGAUUUCGGCGAAAAGUGGUCUAGUUGCAACGGUUUGAUAGUGGGCUUCGAUGCCACGAAAAACGCAUUGUACGUAUCGAAUCCGGAAAUCAAAAAGCGCGUGUCGCUCCCUCAAUCUUUUCACAGAAUGUAUGGUUACGGUAUCGCGUAUGCUCCGGCUUCGACGGAGUAUAAAGUGGUCCAUUCGUUUCUCGUCGCGAAUAAGACGCCACACGUGCAAGGCUGCGCCGUAUUGACGCUUGGGGACGAUAGUUCUUGGAGAGGUCUUAGUAUCGGACACUUGUCUCACGCGUCGAAACAUAUUCUUAAUUGCACUCCGUUUACUACCGAAGGGUUCAUGCAUUGGACUUACGGAGACUACCCGCGUGUUUUGACUUUGAAUGUAGAGAGAGAAAUUAUUACCGAGCAAUCGAUACCCGACGGUUGUGUUGGAAGGUCAAAGUAUUAUUUUCCAACAGAGAGAUCUUUGACUUUGCUCGUCGAGCGCAGUGAACUUUCGUGGGAUGUAUGGGAGUUGGAACCGGAAACCGGAGAAUGGACGAAACUGCCCACGAUCGACUUGGAGCUCCAGAGGGAUGAAUUUGAAAAUUCCGAGAAAUUACCCGCGCCCAUCGGUUGGUUAAACGACAAAGAGGUGUUGGUGUUCCAGUUUUUCCGAACAAGGCGUCUGCUUUUUCUCUACAAUAUUCGCAAACGAGAACUCGAGUUCUUGGAGGUGGAUUAUGUGUGCACUCUGUCUCACUUUUAUAGAAGCAGCCUCGUGUGGUUUGGUUAAUUGAUACCACCAAGGUAAGUCAUUUAGGCUACCCUUUUGGUGUCGAAUUUUCUUCGCACGUUUUUUUUUCGUUUUGUGUUGCUGAUGAUUAUUAGUUAGUGAUAUUAUUGUUGCACUUUUAUAGAAGCAGCCUCGUGUGGUUCGAUCAAUUGAUGCUAGUCAUUAAGGCGAUGCUUCUCGCAUCGAAUUUUCAUCCCGUGUU